GCGAGACUUUGGGCAACUAAACGCCGCCCGUGCGUGCGUCUACGGGGUGCCUGCGAGCCGUUCCGAGCUCCCGGUCGAGCCCUGCGUCGCUCCCGCGCGGCGACGGCGCACAGCUGCCCGACCAGAGGGCUGCCCACGCAGAUGCCCAACCAGUUCGGAGGGAGAGCGCUCAUCGCCGACUUGGCCACCGUCGACACGAACGGUAGGUGGCUGCUCGACGACGAGUUCGCCGACUUGGCAAGUGAGGUGCUCGGGCAGCCGUUAUCGGCGCGCGAUUGCUGGAGAGCCUGGUUUACGCCUGCCGGAGGUACGUAUCCGGACGACUGCGAGUUUACUUUGUUGCGGAGUAGAGUCGGUGAUCUAGUGCACGACGAUGAAGAGGAGACGCCGCGGUAUGCGUAUUGUGUCAACACACAACGCGUCCAACGGACUCUAGACAGCACAUGUAUCUGCGGUUCUGAACAAGGCGACUACGCGAAGAAGAAGUGGCCGACACGUGUGGAAGGCGUGGAAGAGGCGAAACACCCUCUACCUUCUUUAUCCUCGGAUUCUACAUAUAAACAAUCAGCGGGCAGUGCCGCGGCACACGUGCACCGAGUGCGAAAGCUCAUGGAAGAGUUCAGUGUCAGUACGUACGAUCCUAACCUAAGAGCCUUACCCGUCGAAAAAAGACCACCUUCCGGUUUACAUAAACUGAAAUGCCCGCUCUGGGCCUUUUCACCGCAUCAAGUAUCACCUAUGAAGAUGAACUUUCUCAUGGGGUUGGUCGAUAAGGACGGCGACCCCAUCAAGAGGGAGCUGAAAGAUAUCCCAUUGGUUGAUCGGCCGAUGGUGGACGUGUUGGAUGAAUCAUUGUAUCCUACUGCAAAGGAUGAAGAUGAUAUCUUAUAUGUGCGACCGUCGAUCGAAGCUACUACUGCCGCUAUAGAAGAGCGACUCAAAAGGACGGCGGGCAUGUACUCCAUCAACUCCGGGGCGGACGCGUCGAGGGUGAGAUUCAACGACACCAUACAGGAUUUAGCACCUACGGCCCACAAGUGGAUCGAAGUCGACUCUGAGAUUCAACGGAGACGGACAGGACGUGAAAAUGCGGAGAAGCGGACGAGACGCUUUCACAGAGCAGACGACCCGCCACCGAGAACCGUCGAGGAGAUCAUGGCCGAGGCCGACGAAGCUAGACAAACGAUCAGUCAACGACGGGACACGCACCAACCGUUAACGGUGAUGAUGUCGAAGACCAUGAUAGGUGACUAACAUAC